ACCAACUUUCUUCCUAUGUGUUUCUCCAAGGUCAUAUUUUCUCCAACAACAUCAGCCUGUCAGGGGCAGGGCCUCUCGGUUCCCCAGCACGUGUAGGGUGGGGUUUGCUGUUGGAAAUGCCUGUCGCCGGAGGCAGCCACAGAAAACUGCAGACAGUUCUGCUGAAGGCCGCCAGCCUCUGUGAUGUCACACUGGAGCUUCUUUCCUUUCAUCCUGGGCUGUGGCUCUGAGGCCGCUGUGGCCAUGGAGCUCUGGAAGCUGGGCUGGGGGAGGAAGCCUGGUGGCUCUGACCUCCCCUGGAGGCGCAGGAGGCCCAACCAUGACACUCUUAAUGGAUGCCACGCCCCAGGUGAAGGAGCUCUAUCCCCUGCCUCUGGUCCCACGUCCCUGGGUCCUCUCCAGCCUGUUUGCUGCCUUCAAUGUGGUGCUGCUGGUCUUUUUCAGUGGCCUCUUCUUCGCAUUCCCUUGCAGGUGGCUGGCUCAGAACGGCGAGUGGGUCUUUCCCGUCAUCACAGGCCCCCUCUUUGCUCUCACCUUCUUCAGUCUCGUUUCACUCAACUUCUCAGACCCUGGCAUCUUACAUCAAGGCUCCGCUGAGCAGGGCCCCUUGACAGUGCACGUGGUGUGGGUGAACCACGGGGCCUUCCGCCUGCAGUGGUGCCCACAGUGCUGCUUCCACCGCCCGCCCCGGACCUACCACUGCCCCUGGUGCAACAUCUGUGUGGAGGACUUUGACCACCACUGCAAGUGGGUCAACAACUGCAUCGGUCACCGCAACUUUCGCUUCUUCAUGCUGCUCGUCCUGUCCCUGUGCCUCUACUCAGGCGCCCUGCUGGUCACCUGUCUCAUCUUCCUGGUGCGCACGACCCACCUACCCUUCUCCACGGACAAGGCCGUCGCCAUCGUGGUGGCUGUGCCCGCCGCGGGCUUCCUGGUGCCGCUGUCCAUCCUGCUGCUGACCCAGGCCGUGUCCGUGAGCUCGGCCGACCGCACCUACAAGGUCAAGUGCAGAGACCUUCACGGAUACAACCCCUUCGACCAGGGCUGUGCCAGCAACUGGUAUUUAGCAAUUUGUGCACCACUGGGACCCAAGUACAUGGCUGAAGCUGUCCAGCUGCAGAGAGUGGUGGGGCCUGACUGGACAUCCGUGCCCAACCUGCACCCUCCAAUGUCCUCCUCUGCUGUCAACCCCCCAGCCCGCCCUCCCCCAGCCCCAACCUCUGGGUACCUACCAACCAGGAAAGGGCCCCCCAGGGUGUGGUGA